AUGGUUAAGGAUUCUCUGCAGGACCAGGCGGCUGUGAAGGAGGAGACUCACGAAGAGUUCGUGGAGAAUUGGGUCAUAAUUGUGUUGUUCAUUGUAAUAAUUGUCUUGUCAAUAAUAUUUGAAACCCUGGUGGGGUUUCUCGAGGAGUAUUUACGCCACCGCGGGCUCUACAAGUUGCAGGAGAUGCUGAAUUGUGCGUUUAAGGAAUUGACGAUUUUGGGAUUCAUCAGUUUGUUUUUGUAUGCUACGAUUCGUCUAGGAGCUGUUCGCAAGGUGAAUGACAAGUACUUGGGCGUUUCAAAGACAGAGGAAGCGGCAAUAGCAGAGGCAGAAGCCCGAGGCGAGGAGCCGUAUCCUCCAACUCACUUAACGGAGACCUUUGAAACCAUUCACGUUCUGAUUUUUAUGAUCAUGUUGACAUUUAUUUUGCAAGUUUCGGCCCUCACAGUCGUCGGAUACCGCACCAUGAGGGACCUUGCGUACCUUGAUUCAAAGACAGAGGAGGACUUGAGAAACGAAGUGAAGGCGCAACUUGAUCGCCAGCAACCUCACGAGAAAAGACUUCAAAAGGCGCUGCAACACUGGGGCAUUCGCCAACGUUUCGUCUUGGCUGCAAAUCCCCUCAUGCCUAAACCCCGCAAGCCGGAGCCGGGGUCUCCUCACUUUUCUUUUUCCGCUUAUUUGAUUCAUUGCUUCGGAGACAGCCUUGCAACAAUGAUAGAGCUACCCCCCAGCGUGUUGGUGCUGACACUGCUGAUAGUGGUUCUUCUGCGGCCUGCGCUGUCUCUUCCGGGGCGCGAAGUGAUUAUCUUUAUGAUUAUAGCGGCAUUUGGGCUUCUCUUCUCCACCUACCUCGCCUACGCCUUUCUUAAGUACGCCGAUGCAAAAAUACGCCCCGACGCUGGGGCUCUCAUGGCCCUCUUUGGGGACCCCAACGCACCGCUUGAAGAAACCGUUAGCGCCCUCCACUGCCCUAUAGAUGACCGGCCACUGGCAACGACAAAGCAAUGGCCGCGAAGACGCGUGGUUAACAGGGCAGCUGCUCUGUUUCCGUUUGGCAAUCCACGUUACUACAAGCGUCUGCUGCAGCUGUUGCUGUUCUUCCACGCAGCGUACACCGCAGUGUUACUUAUGUGCUUUUUUGCACAAGAGGCCGCCUCAAGAUAUAUCUGGUGGGACAAUGGCUAUUGGUCUUAUCCCCUCACUCUCCUGCCUUUAGGCACUUCUUUCUACCUAUGGACCCGGCUUCUGCGGACGUUCACUACGGUGUUUCACGUGGACUUCCUGGCGAGCGCAAACACGAUAAGAGAAGUGGAAGCAGAACAAGACAAAGCGGUUCUGCAACGGGACGUUCAGUUUCUUGACUAUUUAAUGCACCAAGUUUGUUGA